AUGACACCAGCAAAUCAUGCUUCCUUAUUCGAAUCCCACCCCUCUGGUAUUCAACACACUCUCGCCGGUCGCCGCAUGUUCCCGCAUCUUACUACAUUGAAAUUGCGCAUCAAGCAAACCAUGAGAGGUUUUUCUGGUUUCAUCACACAGAUCAACGAAAUGCUCUCGAUUACACCGGCUUUAGAGCAUUUGUGUAUAGAUAAUGGCUUUCCACUGCACAUUGCACCUAUCCCCGAUGUCGGAAAAUUUCCUUUGCGAUACAACCAUCUAAGUCGACUCCGCUCCAUCACAUUGUCCACGUUCGUACCCAUCAAACAGAUCGCGCUUUUUGAAGGCCUCUUCGCAAACGACCCACCCCCAAGCUUGACUGAGAUUAACAUAGAGACUACGAUAAACUGGGCCAUGAGACCUGCGAAUGGUAACAUUCCAAGUACAGCGGCAUUAUAUGUCAGAGGAGUCCAGCUAUACAGAUUGGACACGUUUCUUCUUCGACCCAGCUUCGAAAAAGUGAAAAAGCUGGUGCUAAGAAUCCAAACUACGCAUCAAAUGCAAUUUGCCGAAUCGGAUAAAACUGUGGAGGCUAUCCGGUGGAGGGACGCGAUGGCAAGUGCGGUGCCUCAUUUGUUGGGGAAGAAAGACCUCGAGGUGGAAUUUCAGUUGGACUUCAAUCGCUGGUAG